AAUACGAAGGAAGGGAGAGAGAGAGAGGAGAGGCAACGGAGAUAUAGGAGAGAGAAAGAUAGCUAGGGAUAGAAGGAGAAAUGAAGCUCAUUUUCUCUCACCUCCCCUCACUUCUAACAUUUCUCUGUUUGCUUCUCUCGGCUCAAGCUCCUCUCCCAUCUCUCGCCGUCACGUUCGGAAUAAACUACGGCCAAAUCGCCAACAACCUCCCAACCCCAAUCCAAGUCUCCAGCCUCCUCCAAUCGAUCAGCAUCAACAAAGUCAAGCUCUACGACGCCGACCCAAAAGUCCUCACCGCCUUCAAUAACUCCGACGUCGAAUUCAUAAUCAGUGUCAGCAACGACAACAUCAUCAAUAUGCGAGAUCCAACCCAAGCCCAAUCCUGGCUCAAACAAAAUGUUCAGCCUUACCUCCCUCAAACAAAAAUCACCUGCAUAACCGUUGGCAACGAGGUUUUCUCAAGCAACGACACAAAUCUCAUGGCCAACCUUUUACCAGCAAUGCAAUCUCUCUACGAAGCACUUCAAACUCUAGGAUUAGAUGGUCAAGUCAAUAUCAGCAGUGCACAUUCUUUAGCUAUCUUGGGGGACUCAUUCCCGCCAUCAGCUGGUUCGUUUCGUCAGGAUCUUGUGCAGUAUAUUCAGCCGUUGCUCAAUUUUCAUUCGGAGAGUAAUUCGCCAUUCCUUAUAAAUGCUUACCCUUACUUCGCUUAUAAAGGAAGCCCAAAUACUGUUUCGUUAGAGUACGUACUGUUUGAGCCUAAUCCUGGAGUAACUGAUCCAAACACAAAUUUGAACUAUGAUAACAUGUUAUAUGCUCAGAUUGAUUCAGUUUAUGCUGCAAUUAAAGCGCUGGGGCAUAAUGAUAUUUUGGUGAGGAUAUCGGAGACUGGGUGGCCUUCUAAAGGAGAUACUGAUGAGCCUGGAGCGACGCCACAAAACGCUGCAAUGUAUAUAGGGAAUUUGUUGAAGAGGAUUUCGAUGAAUCAGGGGACGCCGUUGAAUCCUACAGUGCCUAUCGAUGUUUAUGUGUUUGCUCUGUUUAAUGAAGAUAUGAAGCCAGGGCCGACUUCUGAGAGGAAUUACGGGUUGUUUUAUCCUGAUGGGACUCCAGUUUAUAGUGUCGGGCUGCAGGAGUUGUCCCCGUACUCGUCCGCGCCGGGGUCUUUCAAGCAGAAGACGAUGACUGUUCUAGGACUUUUGAUCCUAGCUGUGGCACUCCUAGUCUAAGCUUGUCAUAGUGGAGUUUGAUUACAGCUAAUUUUGUUGAGAAAUUUGAGCCUACGGUCAAGGAUAUAUUCAAAACUUAAGGGUGCAAAUUAUGGUAGAGUGGAACUCAAGAGCUUGAUUCAUUGUAUCAAUCAUGGCUUUUUGUGAGAGGAUCACUAUUUUUUGUGAGGGCAUUAGUAAUUUUCGUGAGAAUAUUAUUGAUAGAAGAAGAGACCUUGCCAGGAGUAGAAUAUUUCGUACAUGAUUUCCCCUUUUCUUUAUUUCAUAUUUCGCUAUAGGAAUUAUUCCAUCUUUUUUUACUUGAGUGAACAUUUUUUAGUUGUUGUAGAUUGGAUUGUUAGGCUCCGGGUUUCAUGUACAAUAUGGUAUAUGUUAGUGAUUGUAGAUUGAAUUAUUAAUUAUUAAAUAUAAUUCAUUCCUUUGAUGAUUUAAGUAUAUCCUGCUCAAUUCCAUGUAUAUUCUCCUGAUCCUGAUUCAUGAGAAACUUUAACUUUCAAAAUCUAUGAUACGUUCACAUCUACAG